AUAUUCCUCUUGUUUUCUUAGCACUGGUUGGACCUAGCAAAAACAGCAAUUAAACAAAUAAAAGAUAUGGAUCCAAUACUAUUUACCUUUCGUGUCAAAUUUUAUCCUCCUGAUCCCUUGAGGUUGAGAGAAGAAAUAACACGAUAUCAGAUUUAUCAACAGUUAAAAAGAGAUCUAUUACAUGGUAGACUUUAUUGUAGUCCAGGUGAAGCAGCAUUACUAGCAGCUUGUAUACUUCACAAUGAAUUAGGAGAGUAUGAUCCAGAGAUACAUAUGGGUAAUUAUAUAUCAGAGCUAAAAAUACUAUUAAAACAGACUGAUACAAUUGAAGAAAAAGCCAUGGAACUUCAUCAAACACAGCUCAAAGGUUUCACUGCUGAACAAGCUGAAAUACAUUUUCUUCGUAUUGCUGCACAACUUGAUACUUAUGCGGUUGAUCCUCAUCCUGUCAAGGAUCACAAAGGAACACAAUUAUAUCUAGGAAUAAAUCAUCAUGGAAUAUUAACAUUUCAAGGAUCAAAAAAAACAAAUCAUUUUCGUUGGUCUGAAGUACAAAAAAUUAAUUACGAAGGAAAAAUGUUUAUUGUACAUUUAACUAUAACUGAGGACUUGAGGACGAAGAAAAAACAUACUGUUGGAUUUAAGUGUCCUACUGGUUCAAAUCGUCGGCAUGUAUGGAGAUGUGCUAUUGAACAAAUGCUUUUUUUCACUUUGCCAAAAGCCGCUGAUGCACCAGUAGUGAGUGGUGGUUCAAUAUUUUCAUGGGGAACAAAAUUUAAAUAUACAGGCAGAACAGAAAGAGAAGUGUUGGAAGAAAAUGCAGCAUCUUUAAGUUCAGGUGAGGGAUCAUCAUUACGUAGUAAAAGUGAUACACCAGUUCAACGGUGUCAAACAAGUGGAUUACGUAGAAAAGCAAGCAGUGUACCAGCAACACCAAGUACACCAAGUCAAGAUCUCAUUGAAAUUAGAUAUUCAAGUUUACCAAGAAGUUGUCACAGUGCUGGUUUAGACGGUGCUGGUAUGUCUGAAUCAGGAACAAGUGCUCCAACAUCAGGACAAUCUUAUUGUCCUGAUAACACACUACCAUCAUUGGAAACUGUAUCAGAGGACCAAGAAAUAUAUGCCAAAAGAAAUAAUGCUGUAGACGAAAAUGAAAAAUCGCAUGCGAGUGCCACCCACACCACAUCCAUCACAAAUCAAGUGAAAAACGUGCAUAUACAAAAGAGCACAUUCAGAACAUUAUACAGUCAAAAAAUAAUAAUAAAUUCUGAUGAAAUUAAAAAUUAUAAAAAUAUUGAUGAAUUAAUUAAAAUGAAGAUUAAUAAAUUCGAUAAAAAUUCAAAUAUAAUACGUUCAACAGCACUUAUUAUAAAAACAUCAAGAACACCAAUUAAAAAAACAACAAAAAUUAUUCAAAAUAAAAAAAAUAACAUUAUUAAUAAUAAUAAUAAUUCAAUGAUAAAUAAUAAUUUCAAUAUCAAUAAAAAUAUUGAUACAAUUAAUAAUUGUGAUAAUGAUAUAUUAAUAUUAACUGAAAGUCCAAGAAAAUUUAAAGAUAAAAUUCAAUAUGAUACAGUGGAUAAUAAUAUAUCAAAUGAUAAAAAAAAUAUAACAACAAAAGCUAUUAUGAAAUACAAUAAUAAUAUUAACAAUAAUAAUAUAGAAUUUAAUCAAAAAUUCAAUAACGAAAAUGUUAAAUCAAUUAUUAAAAAUAAUAAUUAUAAUAAUAACAGUGAUAAUAAUAACAAUUAUAAUAAUAAUAAAAAAAAUAAUAAUAUUGAUAGUUUAAUUAUUAAUAAUAAUAAAAGUCCAAUGGCUUUUGCAAUGGCAAUGGCUGGUGCUGUUGCUGCUGCAGCUGCUUCAUUACAAGGAUAUCCAUCAAAUACACAAGAUUUAUCAAACAUCAAAAAUGCAAUUGAAGCAUCAGGUGGACAAUCUGGUGAUAUGGAUACAAAUGAUUAUUAUUUUAGAGAUUCAUUUGAUCAUUCAUCAUCGGAAAGUCAACAUUUAGAUGUCAUUGGAAAAAUACAAAAUAGAACAACAAAUACACAAAUACCAAAAAUGAAAAAAUUACAAAAUUCAAAAUUAUAUUCACAAUCAAUUGUUGAUGAUAAUUGUGAUUAUAUUAAUCGUGAUAAUAGUAAUUGUAAAAAAAUUAAUGAUAAAACUAAAAAAUUACGUGGUAUACGUAUAUUUAGAUUAUUUGUAUCAACAUUUCUAAUAACAAUAACAAUAUUAUUCAUUGUUAUUGUACUUAUAUAUGAAACAGAAUCAACAUUAUUUGAUAGUUUUAGAAAAAUUCCAGAAAUUUUAACAAUUAAAAAUUUAUAUUAUGCACCAAUCAAGGAAUUUCUCAGGACCAAACUUGGCCUAUUUUGAUUAUUUUAUUAUUGCCGAUUAUAAUUAUGAGAAUAACCUUGAUUGAUUGCUCAUUUAUUAUUAUUAUUAUUAUUAUUAUUGUUUAAAAAUAUAAUUAAGCUAGAUGAAAAUAAAAAAAUACCAAUAAAUAAAAAUGAUAAUGACACAGUGCCAAGAUAAAAAAUAAAUAAAUAAAAAAUAGAAAUCAAGUGAAAAGUAAGUCAAAAUAUUUAAUGAUAGACUUAGAUUUUAUGGUUGAAUUAAAAAAAUAAUAAAUUGAAAUAAAUAAAUAGAAUAUUAUAGAUGAUUAUGGCCUAUCAUGAUCGAUAGUAGAUAAAAUAAAAUUCAAAAAAAUAAAUAAUAAUAUAUAGUAAUAUUUAAAUGAAAACAAGGCCGAUCAUGUGAGACUUGAAUAUAUUUCAAUUAAAAUUGUGGUUCUUCAAUGAAAAUAUAAAAAAUAAAAUACAUAUAAAAACAAUAUUUAUUUCAAUUUUAGAAUUAUAUAUAUUUUAUUUUCUAAACAUUAUCUAAAAGUGCCUACAAAAUUAUCAAUUUUUUUUAAAUAUCUGUAUCACUUGUUUAAUAUAAUUUACUGUUAAAAAAUUUAUAAAAAAAAAAAAUAUUACCUGCCAAUAAUUGAGAUAUAAUUUAUUAUUUAUUAAUUAUUAUUUUAAUUUAUUUUUUUAAAUAAUUAAAUAUUAUGCGUCAAUGAAGUAUUCAUCAAGAUAAAAUUAAUUCAAACUAUCUCUGCGCUAAAAAUUAAUAAUCGACUCAGUUUAAUGAAAAUAAAUCACCAAAUUUCAAUUUUUUUUUAGCUUAAAUAUAUUUUACAAAUAAUAAUAAUUAAUAAUAAUAAUAAUAAUAAUCGCCCUGUUAUAAUUAAGUAUAAUUAUAAAAAAAUAAAAAAUAAAUAUAUUAAAAUUUCAUUUGUGUCGACUGACCCUAAAAAGUAAAAUUAAAUUUAAAAAAAAAUUAAAAACAUAUGUCAAUUGCAAUGUCAUGUUAUACGUGAUUAAUUAUCUGUUUGAAAAAUAAAUUGAUUAAAAUCAAUUAUUAAAAAAAAAACAAAAAAAAAAUAAUUCAAAAAAUAAUUUAAAUAAAAUUUAUUUGUUAGAAAUAUUAAUAAAAAUUAUGUCAAAAUUGUCAAGUGUGUGUGAGACUGUGUGUUUAUCAAAAAACAAAAUAAAAUUUUUAAUAAUAUAAUUUAAUUUUAUAUGUUUAUUUUUUUUUUUUCUGUGGGUAUGACAAAAAUAAAAAUAAAUUUAAAAAAAAAAGAAAAAUAUGCUUGUAGAUUAUUUAUGUAAAAACGAAAUUUAUAUUAUUUAUUGUUUUCAUUUUAGAAAAUAGAAAUGUAUACCAUUUAAAGUAUACUGUUCGUACUUAAAUAUUUAAUGUAAAAAAACAUCAAUGGAAUUUUUCGUGCAUUAGUGUAAAUAUGUAAUGAGAGUAAGAGCCUUUUAACGCUGCAUUAGACUAAAAUUGGAUUUAAAAAAAAAAUAGAAAAAAAAAAAUCAGGACAGAGUAACACAAUACAGCAUGUAGGAAAUAUGAAAUUAUUAUUUUUUUUUUUUUUAUAAUACUGGGACAGUGGUAAUUAGUGAGUUGUAAUUUUUUUUUUCCUUCUUUUUUUUUGAUAUAUUUUUUAUAAUUUGUAUCUU